AUGGUUCCGAAGAUGCAGACCGCAUGUUCGUUAGCUGUCCCUUCUCUUCCACUAUAUGGAAAAGAGUCCCCAGCUCUUGCUGGCCUGAAUUUGGAUCUUUUUCUUGUUUUACAGGUUGCAAAUGCAAAUGUCUCAUUGAAACGUCUGGAGGAACUAUUCUUAGGUGAAGAAAGAAUUCUUAUGCCAAACCCUCCUCUUGAGACAGGGCUUCCAGCCAUAACGAUCAGGAACGGAUACUUUUCCUGGGAUUCUAAGGCAGAGAAGCCUACAUUGUCAAAUAUCAAUUUGGAUAUACCAGUUGGUAGCCUUGUGGCAGUUGUUGGCAGUACUGGGGAAGGAAAAACGUCAUUGAUAUCGGCAAUGCUUGGGGAGCUACCUCCUGUUUCAGAUGCUACUGCUGUGAUUAGGGGAACUGUUGCAUAUGUCUCACAAAUUUCAUGGAUUUUCAAUGCAACUGUACGUGACAAUAUAUUAUUUGGAUCUGUUUUUGAGAAAGCACGAUAUGAAAAGGCAAUAGAAGUGAGUGCACUUCAGCAUGACCUUGACUUACUGCCUGGAGGUGAUCUCACAGAGAUUGGUGAAAGAGGGGUGAAUAUAAGUGGCGGGCAGAAGCAAAGAGUUUCCUUGGCUAGAGCUGUCUACUCCAAUUCAGAUGUUUACAUAUUUGAUGACCCUUUAAGUGCUCUUGAUGCUCAUGUGGCUAGACAGGUUUUCGAUAAAUGUAUCAAGGAUGAACUGCGAGGAAAGACUAGAGUGCUUGUCACAAACCAGCUACACUUUCUCCCACAUGUUGACAGGAUUCUUCUGGUUCAUGAAGGCAUGGUGAAAGAGGAGGGAACCUUUGAGGAACUUACUAACAACGGGUUGUUGUUCCAAAAUCUAAUGGAAAAUGCAGGUAAAAUGGAAGAAAAUGUGGAAGAAAGUGUGGAAGAAAAAGAAGAAGCCAAAGACAAUGACGAAAAAAUCUCAGAACCUGCUGCCAAUGGGAAAAUGAAUGGGAUGUUGAAAAUUGAAAGCGGUACAAAUAAAAGGAAAGAAGGAAAAUCUGUUCUUAUCAAGAAGGAGGAACGUGAAACUGGCGUAGUUAGUUGGAAUGUUCUAACAAGGUAUAAAAAUGCCUUAGGUGGUGCAUGGGUGGUUAUGAUACUCUUUUUCUGCUACGUAUCAGCGGAAGCUCUUCGAGUUUCAAGUAGCACUUGGUUAAGUAUCUGGACAGAUCAAAGCUCCUCAAAUAGAUAUGGUUCUGGAUUCUACACUCUUGUUUAUGCACUUCUAUCUUUUGGCCUGGUACUAGUGACACUGGCAAACUCUUAUUGGUUGAUCACUUCAAGUCUUUAUGCAGCAAAAAGGUUGCAUGAUGCCAUGCUUCAUUCUAUAUUAAGAGCUCCAAUGGUGUUCUUCCAAACCAACCCUAUUGGACGGAUUAUCAAUAGGUUUGCCAAGGAUCUAGGCGAUAUAGAUCGCAAUGUUGCUGUGUUUGGUAAUAUGUUUCUUGGUCAAGUGUCACAGCUCCUUUCAACUUUUGUCCUGAUAGGCAUAGUGAGCACCAUAUCCCUUUGGGGCAUACUGCCACUUCUGGUGUUGUUUUAUGCUGCCUAUCUAUAUUAUCAGAGCACAUCACGUGAAGUAAAACGUUUGGAUUCCAUAACUAGAUCUCCUGUAUAUGCACAAUUUGGGGAGGCAUUAAAUGGUCUACCAACAAUUCGUGCAUACAAAGCCUAUGAUCGGAUGGCCAACAUCAAUGGGAAAUCCAUGGAUAAUAAUGUCAGAUUCACCCUUGUGAAUAUGAGUUCGAACCGCUGGCUUGGAAUCAGAUUGGAAACAUUGGGAGGCCUUAUGAUCUGGUUUACCGCAACAUUUGCUGUUAUGCAGAACCAACGGGCAGAAAACCAGGUGGCAUUUGCAUCAACAAUGGGUCUUCUUCUUAGUUAUGCUUUAAAUAUCACAAACUUGUUAACUGCCGUCUUAAGACUUGCAAGUUUGGCUGAGAACAGUUUUAAUUCUGUUGAGCGGGUGGGCACAUAUAUAGAAUUGCCUCCCGAGGGUCCUGCUAUUAUUGAGAGUAAUCGCCCUCCACCUGGCUGGCCAUCAUCAGGAACCAUCAAGUUUGAGGAUGUUGUCCUACGCUACAGGCCUGAGCUUCCUCCUGUCCUCCAUGGUUUGUCUUUCAUGAUUUCUCCCAGUGAGAAAGUGGGGAUAGUUGGAAGGACUGGAGCUGGAAAAUCUAGCAUGCUCAAUGCUUUAUUUAGGAUAGUAGAACUGGAAAGGGGAAGGAUUAUGAUUGAUGAUUGUGAUAUUGCAAAUUUCGGUCUGACAGAUUUGCGUAAAGUUCUUGGGAUAAUACCACAAGCACCUGUCCUUUUCUCAGGAACCGUCCGGUUUAAUCUUGAUCCUUUCACUGAGCACAAUGAUGCUGACCUUUGGGAGGCUUUGGAGAGAGCACAUCUAAAGGAUGUUAUUAGAAGGAAUUCUUUGGGUCUGGACACGGAGGUUUCUGAGGCUGGGGAAAAUUUCAGUGUUGGACAGAGGCAGCUGUUAAGUCUUGCUCGUGCUUUGCUGAGGAGAUCAAAGAUUCUUGUUCUUGAUGAAGCAACAGCAGCUGUUGAUGUUAGAACAGAUGCUCUUAUUCAGAAAACCAUUAGAGAUGAAUUUAAAUCAUGCACUAUGCUCGUAAUUGCUCAUCGACUAAACACAAUAAUUGAUUGUGACCGUGUCCUUCUACUUGAUGCUGGUCAGGUUCUAGAAUUUGAUUCCCCAGAGCAUCUCCUGCUAAAUGAAGGGAGUGCUUUCUCUAAGAUGGUCCAAAGUACUGGAGCCGCAAAUGCGCAGUAUUUACGGGGUUUAGUUCUUGGGGAAGGGGAGAACAGGUCAGGCAAUGCAGAGAUGAUGCAGCAAGAAGGACAAAGGAGAUGGCUAGCUUCUUCACGGUGGGCUGCUGCUACCCAGUUUGCACUUGCCAUGAGCCUGAGUUCGUCACAAAAUGAUCUCCAGCAGCUGUUGAUUGAAGAUGAAAAUAGCAUCAUCAGGAAAACCAAAGAUGCAGUCAUCACUCUGCAGGGUGUAUUAGAAGGGAAGCAUGACAAAGAUAUUGAUGAGUCCCUAAAUCAAUACCAAGUUCCUAGAGACAGAUGGUGGUCAGCACUGUACAAAAUGGUUGAAGGUCUUGCCAUGAUGAGUAGGUUGGCACGCAACAGGCUACAUCAAUCCGAGUAUGGUUUUGAAGAGAAAUCAAUCAAUUGGGACAGUAUUGAGAUGUAAUCACCCUAUAAAGAAAAAUAAAUGGUCGGGAAUAUAAAGGAAACCAAAUUGAAUAUGCUUCGGUCAUCACUACUGAAGAGGAAGAGGGGAGCAUGUCCUCUGUGUCAACUGUGAUGAUGCUACUUUCUGGUGACUAAAUUGCUGGAUAUUGACCACAGGAAAGGAAGUGGCUGGUCCUGCGGAUGGGCUGUACUGUGGAAUCCAAAAGGUUUAAUUAUUGUGUUAAUUUCCAGAUUUAGAUGGGUACAUCUGUCCUGCUCCCGUUUCACAGAUUGUCUGAGGCUGGUAUUAUUAAUCUAUUCUGUCAACAACUGUGUUAACAAAGUUCUCAGUAAUUGAUGGGAAAUAUUUAGGAGGCAAGUAGAUCUUAUAUUUAGCUGAUCUUAGUGUCACAGUCCACUUGAACUAAAUUUUGUUGUCAGAUACCUACUUGAUAUGCUGCCUGAAGUCUAACAAAGUUUGGUUUUACUUUCUUAUGUUUCAAAUUAAAACUUGAAAGUUCAUUUCUUUGAACAGUUAUGCAAACAAAACCAAUGUGGAGGAACUAGAAUUCUACCAAAGUAGCAGUAAUUUCUUGUUGAUGAAUGUUAUCUAUUAUUUAAAGCAAAA